GACGACGACGACGACGACGAUGGCCACCUUUGGGGCCCUGGGCCUGGCGCCCUGGCUGGUGGAGCAGUGUCAGCAACUGGGUCUGCGGCAGCCCACGCCGGUGCAGCAAAGUUGUGUCCCCGCCAUCUUGGAGGGUCAGGACUGCAUGGGCUGUGCGAAGACGGGCAGUGGCAAGACAGCUGCGUUUGUCUUGCCAAUCCUCCAGAAGCUCUCCGAGGAUCCCUACGGGAUUUUCUGCCUCGUGCUGACGCCGACCAGGGAGCUGGCCUAUCAGAUCGCCGAGCAGUUCCGAGUCCUGGGGAAGCCUCUUGGUCUGAAGGAUUGCAUCGUGGUCGGUGGGAUGGACAUGGUGACCCAGGCCCUGGACCUGUCCCGCAAGCCACACGUGGUCAUCGCCACCCCGGGUCGCCUGGCCGAUCACCUCCGCAGCUCCAGCACCUUCAGCAUCAAGAAGAUCCGCUUCCUGGUGAUGGAUGAGGCGGACCGGCUGCUGGAGCAGGGCUGCACGGACUUCACCAAGGACCUGGAGGUGAUCCUGGGUGCCGUGCCAGCCCGGAGGCAGACACUUCUGUUCAGUGCCACGCUGACCGACACGUUGAAGGAGCUCCGGGGCGUGGCCAUGAACAAGCCCUUCUUCUGGGAAGCCCAGUCCCAGGUGCGCACUGUGGAGCAGCUGCAUCAGCGCUACCUGCUAGUGCCUGAGAAGGUCAAGGACGCCUACCUCGUCCACCUGAUCCAGACUUUCCAGGAUGAGCACGAGGACUGGUCCAUCAUCAUCUUCACCAAUACUUGCAAGAACUGCCAGAUCCUGAAUAUGAUGCUGAGGAAGUUUAACUUCCCUGCCGUCGCACUGCAUUCCAUGAUGAAGCAGAAGGAGCGCUUUGCUGCCUUGGCCAAGUUCAAAUCCAGCAUCUACAGGAUCCUGAUUGCGACAGAUGUGGCCUCCAGAGGUUUGGACAUCCCCACAGUCCAGGUCGUCAUCAACCAUAACACCCCGGGGCUCCCCAAGAUCUACAUCCACCGUGUGGGCCGCACUGCCCGGGCAGGCCGACACGGGAUCGCCAUCACGCUGGUGACGCAGUACGACAUCCAUCUGGUGCACGCCAUCGAGGAGCAGAUCAAGAUGAAGCUGGAGGAUUACACUACUGUGGAGGAGAGCGAGGUGCUCAAGAUCCUUACCCAGGUCAACGUGGUGCGCAGAGAGUGUGAGAUUAAACUGGAAGCAACGGAUUUUGAUGAAAAGAAGGAGAUCAACAAACGGAAGCAGUUGAUCCUGGAAGGGAAGGACCCAGACUUAGAAGCCAGGAGGAAAGCGGAGCUGGCCAAAAUCAAGAAGAGAAACAAGCAGUUUAAGGAGCAGGUUGUGCAGACGCUGCAGAAGCAGAAAGCUCUCCAGCUGCAACGAAAGCAGAAGAAGCGGAAACUGCAACAGCAGCGGCCACCGCCACCACCAGAGACCGAGGCGAAGGCGUGACGGCUCCCUGUGCUCCCCAGACUCUGGGCAGAGGAGAGACUCGUGGGUGCUCAGACGGUCUGAGAGGCCCCCGCCCCCUUGGGUGCCCUCCUGUGUCCUUCUGUCUCCCAGAAUAAAGGCAACCACCCACCCCU